AUGGAUGGUUGGGUAUUCCAAUGUGCUACCACAUCUUGUUCACCAUUUUUCACUAUGGUUGUAUCAGAUGUUUUCAACUGCGAAGCACUCUGUUUAGCUCAAGUUCAAUGCAAAGCAGUCAGUUUUAAACGAUCAACUUCUGACUGUCAAGUGUUUGUUAAUAUAACAAACCAAAAUAGCAAUAUGUUGGCUGAUAUGAACACUAUUACUAUGAUUGUGAUGGAUCAAACACGAUUCCCAUCUGAAUCAACCACGUCAUCAUCAUCAACAACAACAACAUCAACAUCAACAACAUCGUCAUCUGUUAAUAUCCCAGAUACUGGACUUGGACGCUAA